GCCGUGUUCUAUUUUGCUCGGCGCAGACGGGACGGACGCUCAAUGGAGUCUAGCGGUCACGCCGGAGCUCGAAUAGACGUGACAAGCCAAACCGUAGACGUUUUAGGAGUAUUUUUUUGAGUUUGUCCGUUAGUUUAGCUUCGGAUCGAUGCGGUGCACGUCAAAGAACAGUUUUGAUCGGACGUGAAAAAGCGACGCUGCAGCUGUUGCGCCGUGAAAACACAAAGGCCUGCGUGCGGCUACGUGAGAUUAGCUUUAGCUGCCGAAUAGUUCACUACGCCGAUACUUAUGCGACACUUUAAGAGUUUAAAUCUUUUAUUUUAUUCGUAAUUAAGUGAAGAUUACAUAGACACGAGCCUGGAAAUCGCCACGGAAAUGUCGGAUCAGAGUGCGGUGGUUAUGCAACAGAAUUUGGACAGAAGUUGCUGGGUGUGCUUCGCCACCGACGAGGACGACCGGACGGCGGAGUGGGUGCGCCCGUGCCGCUGCCGGGGGUCCACCAAAUGGGUGCACCAGUCGUGUCUGCAGAGGUGGGUGGACGAGAAGCAGAGAGGAAACAGCACCGCCCGAGUGGCCUGUCCUCAGUGCAACGCAGAGUACCUCAUCGUCUUCCCCAAACUCGGCCCGGUGGUGUACGUGCUGGACCUGGCAGACAGACUCAUCUCGAAGGCCGGACCGUUCGCCGCCGCCGGGAUCAUGGUCGGGUCUAUUUACUGGACCGCGGUCACCUACGGAGCCGUCACGGUCAUGCAGGUGGUGGGGCAUAAGGAGGGCCUGGAUGUGAUGGAGAGAGCAGACCCUCUGUUCCUGCUCAUAGGACUUCCCACCAUCCCAGUGAUGCUGAUUCUGGGAAAGAUGAUCCGCUGGGAAGACUACGUGCUCCGUCUGUGGAGGAAGUACUCCAACAAGCUGCAGAUCCUCAACAGUAUAUUCCCAGGUAUCGGUUGUCCCGUGCCCAGGAUCCCCGCCGAGGCCUCCCCUUUGGCCGAUCACGUCUCCGCCACCAGGAUCCUGUGUGGAGCGCUGGUUUUCCCAACGAUCGCCACCAUCGUCGGAAAACUCAUGUUCAGCAGCGUCAACUCCAACCUGCAGAGGACCAUCCUGGGAGGAAUCGCCUUCGUGGCCAUUAAAGGAGCGUUUAAAGUUUAUUUCAAGCAGCAGCAGUAUCUGAGACAAGCCCACCGCAAGAUCCUCAACUUCCCCGAGCAGGAGGAGGCCUGAGACCCCGGACACUUUACCCCCCGGAAAAAAAACCCGGUCGUACCUCGGGACUGCGAGUCAGACCGACGACGACGAGAGACAAACCCCGAGCACGAAGCGACUCAUCAAAAAACAUCUCUGCUUCUGUUUUUGUGUUUUUAAUUUUCCUCAAACACUUUCGCAAAAUCCGGACUGAAGGAAGUGUUGAGUUUCAUUCAGUCUCAGAUUAUUUUAAGAAGAAAAUUCGAGGGGCAUGUGUCGUUUUAUAAUAAAUAUUUGUUUUAUAUGAGGCUUUAUUUUGCAGGUUUAAAGUGAUCAGCUCGUUGUUGUUUUUUUUGCCGUUCGUUCGUGAAUCGGACUCUGCGAUGAGGAAACAUGUUGGAAUGUAAUAUUAAAAUAAAUUACGUUGUGGAAUAUUACGUUUGGGACUUUGGAUGAUUGUUUUAAAUCCGUGAAUCGUUCGUUUGUGUGUUUGUUUUUCAAAAUAAAACCAAAAAUAAGGAAAUGAAAAAACGAUUUUCUUCAUUAUUUGUCUCCAAAAUCAAGAGAACGAUUUGUUUUUUUCAGUUUUCGAUUUUGUGUUUAAAUGAAAAAUGGAAAAAAACGGAUAACGACCGUUUCCUGUUUACGUGACUUAAACUGCAACGCCGGACUGAACCAGGACUAGGAUUAAAACGGGACUAAACCAGGUCUAAACCAGGACUAAACUGUUCCCAGUCGCGGUCUUGGUCCUGGUCUCAGUCCUGAUCACCCGACGGUCUACGUGGGCGCAACUCCGAGCCCGUCUGGACACUCAGGCCUGGUUUAGUCCUGGUUUAGGACUGAGACCAGGACCAGACCAAGACUGAGAUCAGUUUAGUCCUGGUUGACCUGGUUUAGACCUGGUUCAGUCCUGUUUUAGACCUGGUUUAAUCCCGGUUUAGUUCUGGUUUAAUCCUGGUUUAGAUCUGGUUAAGUCCUGUUUUAGACCUGUUUUAGACCUGGUUCAGUCCUGGUUUAGACCUGGUUCAGUCCUGGUUUCAGUCCUGGUUCAGUCCAGUUUUAGUCCUGGUUCAGUCCGUUAUCUGUUUUUUUCCAUUUUUCAUUUAAACACAAAAUCAAAAACUGAAAAAACAAAUCAUCUGUUUUUUUUUUUUAUUUUGGUUUUGGAGUCAAAUAAUGAAGAAAAUCAUUUUUUUCAUUUUCUAAUUUUUGCUUUUAUUUUGAAAAACAAAUGAACGAAUGACACGGAUUAUUUUAAAAUCACAUAAAUUGUUCUGUUUUGUAAAAGUUUAAGUUUGUCCACUUUACAUUUCGCAGUUGAAAGUACGACUUGGUUUUCACGUUUUUCUAAUUCUGACUUGGUUUGAUGAGUUUGUCGUUCUUGUAUGUUUAUUUCAUAGUUUAAUUUUAUGAGUUUAGUUGCAGUUUGUGGAAAAAAAUUAAAAGAAAAGAGCAAAAAUACAGGAAGUAGCGUCAUCAACACUGAAAAAUUCCAAAAUAAAGAGACAAUUUAGGCACAAGGAACAAACUUUUACACUAUUUACAAUUUAUAUACAAAAAAUAAAACUAAAUUCGAUUGGAUCACUUUGAAUCGAUUGCUUCUGCGAAUUUUACACUUUGAAUUUCAACAAUUGAAUUUGAGAACUUGGAAAAUAUUUGUGCUGAACAUUUAAGUUUAUUUUAUUUUGAAUUUUAUUGAAUUAUUUUAACAAUAUACACUUUUACUUUCAGCAACAAAAAUUCAGUAUAAAAAUAUCCAAACAUGUUUUUUCAAAGUUAAAAAAAUUCAAAAUGAGAAAUUCCAACGGCAUUAAAAAUCCAAAAUCUGACAAAACAAAUUAUUUUCUAUACUAAAUGUCAUAAAAGUUGGUGACACAUAGUAGGCUCCGGAGGGACGGAGGUUUGUUUGGCGAUUGGUCAAAGAUUUUAAAGUUUAAACGUGUAGUAAUUUUUCCUAAUAAGAGUCCAGCACCUGAUUUCACUGGAAUGUACCACAGUAUGGCUUUAAAUCGCUUAUUAUUUAGUUAUAAGUGUUUUAUUGUUAGAAAAAAACAACAAAAAACAUCUUGAAAAAUAUGAAAGUUCGCCCACCUCUUCACAAAUCGGACUUGUAAACUGUUACGUUUUUUCUCUGGGAAAUAGAUGAGUUUAAUAUCAUAAAUUCCCAGCAAAACAACAAUAUCUCCAUGGUAACGGACCCUGUACCUGGAAAGUUACACAGUGCACCUUUAAAAUCAACCAGGGUUAGAAAUUAAACAAGUCAGAUUUUGUUUUUUUUAACCAUUUUAGCAGCAACUUUCAAACAAGUCAUAAUUUAAUCGCUUUUUCUCAUCUACACCGUAACACAAGUCGAUAAGUUAAGCUCGUAAUAGAAGUUUAUUCGUUUAUUACCGUGGCAACCUGAGCUACGUCGUCGCUUCAGUCCCUCCGGAGCGUACUGUCAGUGUCAAGUCCUGAAUAAAAACUCCUGAAAUGGUCUUUACGGUCGCCCCCAAAAGCUUCAUCAGGACAUUUUUAAGAAUCAGAUGGAAGUGUUUGGUGAAGGUGAAGGUGCCUCAGUCCACAGCCCCGAUCCGGAGACGGGCGCCGUGGUAACGCUGUGGAGUUUAAUCAAAGCUCAUGUGAAUAAAUGUAUUUUUCCAACGUGAAA